AUGAAUUGUCUGGCUCCGCCACUGAUCAUCCCAAAGAUCUUUCGCAAUGUGAUCGUGUCCUUUAAUAUGAAGGACGAGGCCAUUGGUGAAGUGGCUUUGCCUAAGAGUUUACAAGGGCUGGACCACUUGAGCUUUAGUGUGGCGCUACUUGAUGGGUUGCUUGCGAUUGUCCCUCGUAAUGAAUUGGGCAAUGAGGCGUUUCAAGCCGUGUGGGUGGUGAAAGAGUAUGGGGUGGCGGAAUCUUGGACUAAGCUUUUUGAUGUUCCAAUUAGGAGAUCUGAAAAUGUGUUUGGCUUUACAAAGAGUGGUGAAGUUCUAGUGCCCAAGGGUGGAGGGUUGCUUUCUUUAGGGCCAAGUAGCCGAGGUUAUGUGGAUCUUCACAUUUGUGACACACGGGAGAUUUUUUUGGAUACUUAUGUGGAGAGCCUUGUUCUACUGCGAUAA